CUUCUCCCAUUUUAGCUUUAGCUUUUUCUGGACAACUGAACGCAGAAAGACUGUUAAAAGUUUGAAUGUUUAUGGUCACAAUGAAGGCCAUCAUCUUCCUUCUUUUCCUGAGAAUACGGGGAGCAGUGGCAGUGACCCACUCUCUGAAGUAUUUCGACACUGCGUCCUCUCAAGUCCCAAACUUCCCAGAGUUUGUGGUUGUUGGGAUGGUUGAUGAUGUUCAAAUAGUUCAUUAUGACAGCGUCACAGAGAAAACUGUGCCCAAACAGGACUGGUUUGCCAAGAACACAGAUCAGCAGUACUGGAAGAGAGAAACUGAGAUCUUCAGGGGUUCCCAGCAGACGUCUAUAGCCAACAUUGAAACUGUAAAGCAGCGCUUCAAUGAAACUGGAGGUGUUCACAUUGUUCAGAGAAUGUAUGGCUGUGAAUGGGAUAAUGAAACUGGAAAGGUUAAAGGUUAUGAUCAGCAUGGCUAUGAUGGAGAAGACUUUGUAGCACUUGACCUGGACACAGAGAUAUGGAUCGCUCCAACACCUCAGGCUGUCACCACCAAAAUGAAGUGGGAUAAGAACAGGGCUCUGAUUGCUCAGAAAAAGAACUACCUCACCCAGGAGUGUCCUCAGUGGCUGAAGAAGUAUGUGAACUAUGGGAGGAGCUCUCUGAUGAAAACAGUUCUUCCCUCAGUGUCUCUCCUCCAGAAGUCUCCCUCCUCUCCAGUCACCUGCCACGCUACAGGUUUCUAUCCUGACAGAGCCGAGAUGGUCUGGAGGAAAGAUGGAGUGGAGCUUCAUGAGGGUGUGAACAAAGGAGAGAUCCUCACCAACAAUGAUGGCAACUUUCAGAUGAGUGCUGACCUGGAUCUUUCAUCAGUCAGACCUGAAGACUGGGAGAGGUACGACUGUGUGUUUCAGCUCUCUGGUGUGAACGAGGACAUCGUUACCAAACUGGACAAAGCAGUGAUCAAAACCAACAAGGGUAAAAGUGAUAGAGGAAAGUCCUUCGCAAUCCUGAUCAUCGUUGUUCUUGCUGCCAUUGCUGUAAUUAGUUUCAUUGUCUACAAAAAGAGAACAGAAAAACAUCCCCCGUCUCAUAAGUAA